UGCAUCAGCGUUCAAAACAAUAGUUGAAGUUCCGCCUGUCUGGCGCCGUGUCCUCAUGAAGAUGUCUCAAAGUAAUCCCGACAAAGACGACCACACGUCUAGCAAUAAAAAGACAAUCUCCCUCCCGAUAUCCAGAGUGAGGCUGAUCAUGAAGAGCUCCCCGGAUGUCUCCAGCAUCAACCAGGACGCUCUUUUCCUCACCACCAAGGCGACAGAGCUGUUUGUCCAGCACCUGGCUCUCGCCUCAUUCAACAACGGGUCCGGGAAGGAAACCAACACCUUGUCUUACAGUGACCUGGCUAACACCGCGGAGGAGACCGAGACCUUCCACUUUCUAACAGAUAUCCUGCCUAAGAAGAUCUUUGCUCGAGAUUACCUCAAGUCUUUGGAGCAAAUGCAAGAAGAGGACACUGACUUUUAGAGAGGACACCGGCUGCAUUUCACGUCGGGACAGAUCAAGUGUACACGUUCUGCCAUUCUUUGAAAAUAAAGUGAGUGGCAGAAGAGACACCCUGAACUUUCUCAGUGCUUUUAAAUACACCGACAGAGUUCAGUUGUAGGGCUUGUGGAAAAAGUUAAUGGGCGUGGAAUUGGAAGUAAUACCACACAGAGCUAAUGUGAAAUCAAGUGAAGGCUCACAGAUCAAGUUUAAACACACACGGGUUCAGAGGGAACUAGAAGUUGUACCGUAUAUAUCUAUGAUAAAUAAUUGGUGCCAGCAAGCUAAAUUUGUAUUAAUGUCCUAAACAAAGCAGCCUUAGAUUAAUCGUAAUGCAAUCACCCCAUAAGUUUUCUUCAGAAUUGAUUACCUCUACAAAGACAAUAUUUUUGUGUAGGCAAAAGUACCGUUGUUGCUCAUAAAUGAUGCACUUGAACAUUUUUAGGAUUUCAGAGUGAUCUUGCAUAUGGCCUGUAUUCCUAAACUAUCUCGUUUUGCAUACAUAACCAUUAGGAGGAAUGAAUUGGUUUUCCUUAACAGCUUGCAGGCUCCCUUCAUGUAAAAGACCAAGAAUUCAUUCCACACAGCUGGAACACAGAUGUCGUAGCUCCUGACUUAUUAUUGCCUUUAAAAUAUGAUUGGGUGAACACUCUAUUUUACAGACGCUGUGAAGCAUUGAUUUCCAAGUGAUGUUAGGGAUUCUAAGUUAUACUUGAUGCUGUAUUUUUUUUUUUUUUUAAGAUAUUGUCAUGUUUGAGUUGUGAGUAGAUGAUCAUAAAUACUUGAAAGUUGUUUGAACCAAUCGAAAGUACAAAUACCUCUGUUUUCCAGUUUAACUACAAAGCAGCCGAACAUGCUGUGUCUCUUCCAAAUGAAAAUUCACACUCCACCUAACAGAAGUGAAUAUUUGAACUGUAUAUAACAGCUGACCACCUUUCAAGGCAUCUUCCUCAUAUAUUUGCGAAUUUGCUGUUUAGAUUUGAUAUUAAAAUAAAGCAAGUUAAACAAGUCAUUUAUUCUA